GAGAAAAUAGCUAACCCUUGUUUGGGACCUGUCAUUUGCUUAGAAAAUAUGAUAAAAUAAGAAAAACAUCGGUGAUACAGCAAAUUGCUGCACUAGUUUAAGAUGCUAUACAUUCCCUUUAUAAUAUGUCUCAGUUUAAUUUCAGUAAUUUUCGGUCAAGAUGAUUCUUUCAUUGAAGAACUUCUCAUUAAACCUCUAAAUGCUGAUCAUGUUUACAAUCAUUUCCAAUUCACUACCAAAUGGAGUGUUCCAGAUACCGGUUUUUCUUCCCAUUCGAGAAUAUUUCCUAGAAUAAUAGGAGAAUUGAUUGAGAGGUACAAUGUCGAAGAAUUGCAUAUAAGUUUGACAAAUGGCUUAUGGCGCUAUGAGAAAUGGGGGUAUCCUGUUGUUGAUGCAGCACCGGGUGGAGAGGUAUGGGCUUGGUUCAAACCAACAACUACCCACAUUGAUAAAAAUUGGAAAGAAUUAACAGCCUCUCUUUCUGGGCUCCUUUGCGCCUCUUUUAAUUUCAUUGAUCAAACAAAUACAAUAAGUCCAGAAUAUUCACUAAGACCACGAGGAGUUGUAGAUCAAUAUCAUCAAGUGAAUUCUAGUUAUUUGAAAUAUGCUAGUCUACCAAGAGAGAUAGUCUGUACAGAGAAUUUAACACCUUGGAAGAAAUUGCUUCCCUGUAAUGCCAAAACAGGACUUGGUUCACUCCUGAACUCAGGCUAUAUUCAUAAUACAAGGUAUCAUUCCCUAGGACUCAAUCUAAGACGUAUAUGUUCUGAUGAAUAUUGCUCUUCAAUAAGCCUAGAAUUGCAACAAACAGUUUCCUUGGUUUAUGACAGUAAGAUAUUAGGCACCAAGAAUUGGUCACUCAUCAAAUUUUUUGGACAAGGUGUCAUAAAUACGUGUAGCUUAGCUGACUCUAGUACUAUUUUCAUUGAUAUAACCUCUAAUUCAUCUAAUCCUUUCCGGUUAACAGAACAGCCUGAGGAUAUAAUCACAUCAAUUCGAGGGGGAACUGUGGGAAAAUUUGCUAAAUAUCUAGUUAAAGAUAAGGCAUUUUCAGUUGGUGCUAAUUACUUCCCAAAACAAGAAAUAGCUAUUAUGGCACCUCCAGUUCUUUAUGCACAUCAAUAUCUCUCGGGAUAUGGUAAAGAAAUUGGUGGACUGAUUGUUAAGAUUUCAAAUAACCACUGGAGUGAUUUGGAUAUUGUAAUUCUGCAAAAUAUACCUUGGUAUUUGCAGUUAUAUUUACACACUCUGAAAAUAUCUGUUGGUAAUAAAAAAUUGACACCGAUACAACUAAAAUUCAAACCAGGAAAACUAAGGACACGCCAUCAUCAGCUAGAAUUAUUACUUCGUUUACCAUCUAAAUCUGUAACAAUGGUUUCAGUUGACUUCGAUUUCACAUUUUUGAAAUGGCAGGAGUAUCCUCCAGAUGCAAAUCACGGUUUCUAUGUUGGUUCAGCAAUAAUAAGUUGUCAUUUACCUUUAGCUAGAGAUUUUACGGGUUUACCCCAAGAUGGUUCGAUGAUAAGAGAUAGUUUCAAUGCUUCUAGAAAUGGAUAUUUAGUUCAAGUACGCACAGAAACUCUUAUUAUUACUUUGCCUACUCCUGAUUUCAGUAUGCCUUACAAUGUUAUUUGUUUGGCAUGUACUGUUGUAGCAUUAGCUUUUGGGCCACUACAUAAUAUAACAACUAAGAGGUUUAUAUUGAAAGUGAAAGAUGACCAAAAUUUCAUCAAUUUAAUCAAAAAUAAACUAAAGUCAUUAGCAUAUAGACAAAAAGAGGAAAAAGAGUGAUUAUGAGACUUCUGUAAAUUUUAAUACAGUUUGUGUUUCAAUUUAAAAAAAAUCUUUCAGUUAAAUGUAAGUGAUGUAAUUUAUAUUUAAUUCAAAAUAAAUAAUUCAGAUACACUUAAUCAUCAUUAUAGUAAUCCCAAUCAAAUCAAUUCGACAGAGUUCCUUAUGCUGAUGUAUUGUUCUUGAGUUUAUUAGAUUGAUGUUGCACAAGAUUUAAAAGUGUUUGACUACUUUCCAAAAUCUGAAAAUGAAAUAGAGCAAUAAAAUUAA